AUGGUUUCGAAUCGAUACCCUGCCACAGAGGAGGUCGACAAAAUGAACUACGAGAAGCGAUUCCUUACCGCAUGCGCCUGCUUCAAGUCCUGUCUAUACGAGGAGGUUCGAUUCCUGAGUCUGGGAGACGGUCUCCGUUCCGAUAUCCUUCCAGUCCUCCACAAGCUGGCGAAGCUGCUGAAGGCUAUCUUUGUCCUAGGCGAGGAGAUGGCACGGACAUGUCCGAACUGUCGCACUGUCCGUAAUCGGCCGACGGACCACUUCCUGGCUCAGUUUGAGCGUCUGUGCCGCGAUCGCAUUAUGGCCCCUUUGAUGCAGGCCAUUGCGGACCUUGAAGCGGAUGAGAUGAAGCCAGAGGCGGAGGCGAGCGUUGACUUUUAUGUGUCUUCGGACUUGGAUGAUAUUCGUCCGAAUACUCUCUUGCUCUCUAGUGUAUUUGCUCUCGUCUUCCAUCUAUACUCCCAGUGA